AUGGCGUACCGCGAGGAUCGUCGCUACAUGCCGCGCGACCGCUACGACCGCCCUCCCAGCUACGCAGAUCCUUACGAUGAGCCCCGCGGCCGAUAUGCAAGUCCAGCGGGACUACCCCCCGGCGAGGACUUGGUCUACGAGCGUGGUUACACGUCUCGGCGACCCCGCCGACCUGUGUACGAAAAUGUGCGCCGGGCGUCGUCGGUCAGCGGCUACGAUCCUCACUACGAGACUGGAUACUACACCUCCCGUUCUCGACGGCCACGCCAUUAUGAUGACCGCCGUCCUCGUCGCUCCCGGUAUUCACCUCCUUCAUCACCCAGUCCGUCACCGCCACGCCAUAGACGCCGCAAGUCGUUCAGCGAGCAAGCACUUGGGGCCCUAGGUCUUGGUGCUGCCGCCUCAGGCCAUGGACAUCGUGGCCGCGGCCGCUCGCACUCCCGUCACCGCCCCCGAUCCCGCUCAUCCUCAUCAUCGCGUUCUCGGAGCCGAGAUCGCGACCGUGGUCGGGGCCGUGGCCAUAGCCGUAGUCGUCGAGACCGCAGCGAGCAGCGUAUUGCCCAGGCGGCGCGGGCCGCACUCACAGCCGGCGCCGUGGAAGCAUUCCGGCAGCGCAAAGAGCCCGGCGAGUGGACCGGCCAAAAGGGAAAACGUAUCCUCACGGCGGCUAUCACCGCGGGCGGGACCGAUGGGCUUGUGGACAAAGACCCCCGCAAGCACGGCACACGUCACGUCGUCGAGUCGACGCUCGCUGGCCUUGCGGCCAAUCGGUUUAUGAAUGGCUCGCGCUCGCAAUCUCGAGGCCGAAACGGCCGUGGUCGUUCCUCUGGUGCUCUCGGGGGCCUGGCUGCGUCGGGCGCUCUGGCUGCUGCCGGCAAAGAAAUCUAUGACCGGGUCUCGAGAUCUCGGUCUCGGCAUCGCGGUCGAAAAGAUGCUUCUGAUAGCGAGGAUGACCACCGUGGCUCCAAGAAACGCAGCAAGAGCGUCUCGGACUACAUCAACAAGGGUAUGGCGGCCCUCGGACUGGAUGAAGGAGGAGACCGACACAGGGACGAUUCCAGAGAUCGCGGUCACAGUGACCGGCACAGGGAGCGGCGUCACCACCGGCGACCCCGGAAUGACGAAUAUUCCGACUCGGAUGCGGACAGCGAUUAUCACCACAGGGAUUCACGACGGGACAGAGGCUCGAGAGAUGUAGGUCGACACCGUUUCCAAGACGGCAAAAAUCCACCCCCCUACGCGCCCACCAGCGCACCGCGCGGUGGGGAUGGCGCCACCUCCAUGGACCGCGGGCAAGCGUCCAGCUCAGAGAGUGAUUCUGACCUCGGCGACAGUUCUGAUGAAAAGAAAAAGCGCAAGAAGAUGAAGCGUGACAUGCUGCUGACCACCGGCCUCGCCAGCGUCGCCACCAUCCACGCCGCCCACGGUGUGUAUGGCAGCGUCGAGAAGCGCAAGGAGCGCAUGCAGCAGCUCAAGGAGGGCGAGAUCACCCCCGAAGAGGCUCGCAAGAAACGCCUCAAGGCUAACACCCACGACGCCGUUAGUAUUGGUCUCGCUGCCCUCGGCAUCAAGGGCGCUUAUAAAGAGUGGAAGGAGGUCAACGAGAAGCGUAAGGAGACCAACAACUUCCAGUCUGAGUGUGCUAUGCGCGCUGCCAAGCGCCAGAUGCGUCGUGCACAUAGCCACAGCGCUGCCCCGUCUUCGCGCCACCGUUGGCCCGAUGAGAUUGAAUAUGCGCCUUCUUCUAGUGAUUCUUGGCAUGACCAUGCCCCGGGCUCUGGGAAUUUGUAUGGACCUGAGCCGCUGCAUAUUUCUUAUUAG